CGAAAAUAUAACAGCCAAUUUCAGUAACCCUAUUCUCUACAGACAAACAUAUUCGCAUAAAUUCAAGCUAAACCAACCUCACAAAAUGGCUGCUAUAUUCACUAGGACUGCUGUGAUCUACCUACUAACAAUAUUGAAGCCUAUCGAACAUUUGAAACUUUGUGUUCACAGUGCGAUGCUAGGCAGAAGAAACUUUGUGAUUUACUUAAGCUUAUCCUAAUAAUAAUAGAUAUUGAACCUACAUCAGGUGGUGCCACAUAAAACGUAACUUAUUCAAAUGCACGUGUGACGGUUUCGGAAUCUCGUGCCAACGAGCUUGAAGGAACUCCUUUACCGUGCCUCACUUCUGGUUGUAAUUGUUGAAUUAUUUUAGUUGCACUGUAUUACUGAUCGCUAUCAAUCGGUAUCCUAGCUAUAUAUUCCCAUAGACAUUUCCGCGCCUGACAAACCUAUAAACUAGCCUCAUACUUACCAAAGGCUGAACGUUACAUAUAUCUUAGAUGUUUUAUAGUAUCGAUUUGCUUUCAGCUCAUCGAGGGAAGUUCGGGAUUAUAUGGCUGGCAGCUACCAGGGUAAGAAAACAACUAUCAAGAAAGGAACUAAAUUCUGUCAAUAUUGUUACUGCUUGCAAUGAAAUAACUUCAUAUAUUCUAGGAGAGACACAACUUCGACUCUCAUUGUACUUAGCAUCCCAGUUGACCUUCGGCAUUUGUAUCAUUUACAGAGAAAAAACUAUUGUUAUGCUACGUGACUUGCAAGAGCUGAGCCAGAAAGCUUCUGUAACUACAAGCCGGUCCAUUGACCUACCCACUUGUACUAAAUCUCGUACAAAGCGUAAAACUUGCGCACCAGUUGAUGAUCCUGAAGUACCUCUGUUAAACUUGUACAACGAAACAAAUGAUUUUGGAAAUCUUCAGUUGCCUGAUUUGUUUUGGCCCAGUAUCAAUGAACCUUGUCUGGAUUUCAUGGAUACACAAACUCUGUAUCAAGCACGAAAUGAAGACAUAACUUUGGUGGAAGACCCUUCGGUCGAGGUAUGUUGUUCAUAAUCCUCGCCAUAUUUGUUUUUUGCCCAAGUUAGAACGUCUUAUUUAGAUAUUUAAGCUUAUAGAAUGUUUAGAGUUCGAAUCCUUGUUUCGAAGUCAAUUUUCACUAUUAAGGAUAAAAAGUCAAGCAGCCUAUACUAGUCCUUGCAGUUCGUAGUACCAUAGAAACCCACUCUAGCCCUGAAUAAAUCAACAGGUACUGGUAUCCCCCAAAUGCCCCUUUACGACCGAGAGUGGAAAGUGUCGACUCUCAAAAUGCUCUCAUAUAGCCACGCGCUUGCAAACACUGCUAGGGAAGUCCUACUCACUGCAUUCUCGCAUCGGUGGUGUAUACAAAAUUAUGAGGACGAAAGCGAAUGGUAGAUACGGAGGAUCGGCUUCAGGGAGUUAGAAAACCCUGUCUCCAAACCAAUAGUGCUUAUGGGCUCCAGGAUCCUGAGGGAACAAAUGGCGUAUAAACCCAUUGUGGGUCACCGGUUGCCAUGGGACCGCAUCUCUUAACGUUGCUUCGUUGCCUUGUUGACUAGACCUUCAGGUCGAAGUUUCGGGGUGUAGCUCCUUAUGAAAACCAACUGCUUUGGUCUGGGCACCUGGGCAGUAUCUCAGCCCUGACAAAAAUCAAAUAAUUUGUGUGGUGUUCAUACAUUUUUUGCCCCCUUGUACUAAUAUUUAUGUGUUUAGAUAAAUAAAUGGAUAUUACGUGUUCUUGUAAAGAAUUAUUGUAGUUCACUACUCAGUGCGAAAACGAAACUUAGGCCGUGAAUGGCUUAGUCAUGAUCUUCAAAUUUUUUAAAAAUGUAGUCACAGAUGAUUAGUUCUAGGCGAUGAAAAAUAUGAAACAUUCAUACCAAAAUUAUCGUUCCGCAUACGGUAGGCCAGUAUUAAAUCACUUAAUAAUCAGCUAGUUAACGAGUAUAUCUUAAGGUGUUAGAAAGUAAUUAAGUGAAAUCUUGAAAAAGAAUGAAGUAGAUCGCGUGAUGAAUUAUAGAACUUGUGAAUAAAUAUAAAAGACAUGUAGUUGUUAAAAAAUAAACAAAUCGAGCGAUGAGUAUUAUUUUAUUGUAUCAAAUCAUGUAUAUGACUGUAAAACCAUAAUGGAAAACUAAUUUAAAAGAAAUUUAUUUGCUCGAUUCGUUCUUCCUUUUACUAAAUGUCAGAGUGGUGAUCUUUUAGAAUUAGAAGUCGAUAAGAUGGGUCAUAUAAUGAUACUAAUAGAAAAAUUUGUAGAGUUGAGAUAAUUAAUUGGAAGUAAAAAAUCGCUGAAUAAAGAGAUGAUUUUGGUGUACAUAAAAUAAAAAUUAGUUUACAAAAUAAACGCUAAUAAAAUGAUAGAAAUAAUAACUAAAGGUGAUAUUGUUCAGAACUAUGCAUUUACCAAGAUAUUGAUCAGUUGGUUUCUGUCUCUUUAUGGAUACAUAAAUCAGGUUUGAGUUUCUUUAUUCUUACCUAAGAGACUGUGUUUUUGUCUGCCGAUAAUUUGGAAGGAUUGGGGAAUGUCAAUUGUAUGCCCUGUAUCAAUUAAAUGCCAAGCUAUCGUUCUAUUUAAAGCUGUUCCUCCUCUCAGUUUCAAAUUCUUUGGAACUUGCUUAGAAAUGCGAAGAUUUACUCUUCUCUCGAUCUUUCUAAUGUCUUUUCUUUGCCACUUACAUGUAAAUUGGUAAAUGCAGUUGAAAGUACUAAGAAAAGGGAAUCUAUCUAUAUUUCUUUAUUCGAAUGAGCAGUUCGUUCCGCGUAACACCGUCAGUCCUGGCGUUAAAUAAGCAAUACUCUUUGCGGCAUUCACCCCGUAGUUGAUUUUUUCAGUGAUUUCAUCUCCUUUACAGCGCAGAUAUAACAAGUAGGUUUUCUUUUCCACUAAAACGUACUCAACGUGUACGUUGGUUUUGAAAUACUUCUCGAUCAAUUUCACUGUAUAUGCAUUUUCACGUAAUAAAAGCAAGUUCUUUCAUACUUCCUUUGGAGGACGUUUUAUGUGCACCAGCCGAGUCUAGAACACCAAUAACAGCCUCCACUAUGCGAAUCGAAUCAUUUAUUUCAGACAUACUGGGUUUAUAUAUCAACCAAACAGACCGCAACGCACCAUAAAAUAGGAAACAACAUUUAUACACAAAAACGCUAAAAUGUGACUGAAUGUGGGAUACAGUAGUCAAUAAACUGAACAUAGCUUAAGAACAGUGAACCGUACAAUAAUAAUAUAUAGGUCAAAAUGAUGCUUAUAACAAGGGAAAUAUAGAUGUACAUAAUCUAAUUAUACCAUAAGAAUAUAUAGAUAAUAUUUGUUCAUUAAUAGGUCUCGUAAUUUAAUCUUCGCUAGAAUAUAACACUGUCCACACAGUCAAUCGUUGUUAAAAAAACUUACAAAACAUUUGCCCAAUGAAUAAUAACCUCAAACAAUAGAACUGUAUAAACUCUGUCCAAUUAAAAGAAAAACCGACAAAAAUACACAAGAUCCCAGGAAGUGCAAAACUAACCAAAAAUAGUGUACUUCAAUACGAAUUUGAAGAAAAUCUCGAACUUUAACCGAAAUAAUCCUUGUUAAUGUUGACCAAAUAUACUUUUGAUACAUAAACACACAAAAGCAAAGUUAAUCCACAGGUUUAAAAACACUGGGCUAUUGGAACGCGCGCUUGCAAAUGUAUAAUCAAAGACCAGUCUAGUAGUGAUUUCACUAAAUGUAUCAAUUUCAGUUUGGCAUAAAUACAAGGCUUAAUGGCUUACGUUAGCAAUAGCGGUUUAAAUUAACAUUUGAAUCAAUGUCUGGUGCAUAUUUACCCGAGUCACCGUUUUGUCUAUUACUCUAAGGAGUUACGGUUCAUAUUACUGAUUUUCUAUGUAAUGUAUAUCUCCCUACCUUCCUCGUUUCGAUAAAUUUUCACUAUCCUCAUAAUUCAUAACAACAAACGAAGACAGAGUAACGGCUAUGAAGAGUUUACUCUAAUUAUUGCUUCACUGACUUGAUCCAUACCAUUUAUUACCUAGCAGUAGACAUUUAUACCAUUUAAAGCUGUAUCUCUGCUGUGUAGGUCUGACUAGAACAACCUGCAAAUCCAGCAAACUGAUUUAUUAGUAACAUGUCUCACAGUUCAAAAUGGUAAAUCAGUAUAAAACGAAAUCGCCAAAGGAAUCUUGGAGAAAACAAAAGAUUGGAUACAUUUGAAUAUGACAAUCGUCUUUUCGUUUAUAAAAGUGAAUUAUGUAUGGACAUUGAUUGAUGAGGUAGUUUUGUUACAUGUUCUACUCAGGAUAUUCCAAUCUCACACACUUGCUACAUGUUCCUUUUAUUAAGGAUACCGACCCUAUUUAAGCUUAUUGGUACCUAUGUUGAAACAAGUAUUUAUGACUACUUCUGCAUGUCUUCUGUCUUAUUAUAGACAACUGGUACUCGUUUUUCAUUUGGUGAAGAUUUUUUGCCUGAGUUUAUCCUUGAAUCGAUAAAUCGUGAUCAUCAUACCAUCCAACCAGUAGAUUUAAUUCCUGUUGAGAUUCAAAAUGGCAAGAGACACAUUUCUAAACAUUUAGUACAUGAGAGUGAAGCUGAAGUUACAGAAUAUUCUGCAGUAGAAAGAUCAUAUUAUUCAGAUAAACCUCAGAGGCCGAUAACAACAAUACAAGAAAGUAAUGUCAUAUACGAUUCCGUAUUAAAUCAAUUUGUCCCCGUACGUACAGAGAUAGUGAACUCUUCAAAGGAUUUGACUAAUGCGAAAACGCUUGCUCAAGGAAGCGCUAAUAAAUGCAUAGUUUCACAGUCUUCUGACGUACCUAUGGACUCAGUCAAUGCAAUUUCAACUAAUGUGGAUAGUUCACUAAUGCCUUCUGCACAGUUCAGCACUGAAAUAAUUAAUAAUUCUACUCAUUUGGAAAACAUCAAACAAUCGAAUGUUGUAUUAGAACAAGUUGAAUUGACUAAAGAUUUUUUAACAGAAACAGAAAUGACUCAGAUAUUACCGCAGGAAGAAGAAGAAAGAACCUUUACUAGUGCUUCUGAACAGAACUUAUGUCCAAUUUCGUUAUCUCGAUUAAAUCCAUUACAUCCUGUCGAAUCUGAGGAGAAUACGCAUCGUCGUCGUAUAAAAAAGCAUUCUAAUAAGCUCAUCAUUGAUGAAAUCACCCGACUAACAGCAUCAGAAUUACGCUGGAACAUGUUACAUGGCGAGGAGACUAUGGUUACACGAGACAUUUAUCUGGCUGAUUCAACUCCACGCAGUCAAACACGAUAUCUGUUGUCUCGGAGUGUUUCACGAUUAUUCUCUGUCCCCAGUAAUCUGGAAACUGCUCUUAGUUUAAGACUUUGUGAACUUUGGUGUUAUCAUCGGCGUUUAUGUGAAAAAGCUUUACAAAAAAGGAAAUUAGAUGAUUUGUCAUUAAAUAAUGAUGUAAUCCAAACUAAACGUCCUGCUAAAUCAUUAUCAAUAAAAAUGAAUGCUAUUACAGAAGAAAAUGAAUCUUCAGUAGAAAUUCAAAGAAUUGCUGGAGAUCAUUCUUCUCUAAUUGGAUCUGAAUCUAUUUUUGGAACUAGUAAUAUAAUUGAUGUAACCAAUAAUCAGACGAUCAGUGUGCGUGAAUCAUUAGUGCAAAUGAAAGAAUCUUUUGGGGGUGCUAGUGAUCAACCUAUCCCAGAUAUCGUAACAAAUGUACGUGAUAAUACUGCUUCUGAAAUAACUCGUCAAGCUCUAGAUCUCCCUAUUCCAGGGACUUCAAUAUCUUUGCCUACUGAGUGUACAACAUUAGUUCCUGUAAUUGAAGAACCUGAAGAAAAUCUGCAACAACAAAAUGAGUUGGAUUCUACGUCUGUUGUUCCCAAUUUAACUGAAGCACUACCUGAUCAAUCUCAACUGCCUACUGAAGUUUCCUCUUUAACGGGAAAACAUUUUCAUGAUAAAUCACAAUUAUGGAGAUAUCUCUAUAGUCAACUAAUAGAGUCAAAUUCUUAUUCGAUCGACAUUGGAAACCUUUGUCCAUUGGGUUGCAGUAAAAAACAAGCAGCAUUUGUAUUCAUGACGCUUUUAGAGUUUGCCAAAAAUCGCCAAAUUAUUUUAUCACAAUGUGUAGCUUUUGGACAAAUUCUCAUAACAAUAAUACACUAAGUAUUAUGAGUUUUAAAUCCAUUAUUCAUUGUUUGUUAUACCGUUUGUUCAUGGAAUAUUAUUAUCAUUUUAUAUACAACCUUUUCUUAUUAUAUUACUUUAUCAGUUUUGAUGAAUCAAUUUUUCAUAAUGGAUGAUCCUAUCAUCAUUACAUGCAAAUCCUGUGGACAACAAUUCAUGUCUAGGGGGCAUCGAAUACAUAUGCACCACACAAGUCACUUGAUUUAUGUGUGGGCUGUGAUACUGCCCAGAUGCCCAAACUGAAGCAGGUGUUUUUCUUAGGAGGUCACUCCCGGAGCCUCCGACGUUCUCAUGGUAUCCGGUGACCAACGAUUGGUCCAUACGCCAUUUCGUCCCUCAGGAUCCUAGAGCUCAUGUGAAUCAUUUGUUUGGUAUCAAGGUUUUCCAACCCACCUAGGUGGGUCCAUCAUAUUCACCAACCUGCUUGAAUCGCGAAACAUUCGCUUUUCAUCCUCUUAAUUUCGUAAACAACACCGCCAUCGCGAG